GCCUGCUAUAGAGGCACCUCACCUGACUAGCUUGAGGGUCAGGAGACAAGCCUGCCUGGCUGCAGCAGAGCUCCUCCAGGCAGCACAGGACUUGCAGCUUUCUGCAGGUACUAGAAUUGCAUCCCAUCAUGUCUGAAGGAGAAGCCAAGCAGGUUCCCAGCAGUGGUUCAGACACAAAGCCAGAAUCCACAUCUUCUGGGCCAGGAAUGACCUCUGUGUCUCCACCAGUGACUUCUGCAGCUCCGGCAGCACCCCAGGAGGAGGAGGAAGAGGAGGAGAGUGAAGAUGAGUCUGAAAUCCUUGAAGAAUCUCCUUGUGGACGGUGGCAAAAGAGACGUGAAGAGGUUAAUCAGCGCAACGUCCCCGGGAUUGAUAGUGCCUACCUGGCGAUGGAUACAGAAGAAGGUGUGGAAGUUGUUUGGAAUGAAGUUCAAUUUUCCGAGCGCAAGAAUUUUAAGCUUCAGGAGGAGAAGGUUAAAGCUGUCUUUGACAACCUGAUCCAGCUGGAACACUUGAAUAUUGUGAAAUUCCACAAGUACUGGGCUGAUGUAAAGGAGAACAAGGCCAGGGUGAUUUUCAUCACAGAGUACAUGUCCUCAGGCAGCUUGAAACAGUUCCUGAAGAAGACAAAGAAGAACCACAAGACAAUGAAUGAAAAGGCCUGGAAGCGCUGGUGCACCCAGAUCCUCUCUGCUCUCAGCUACCUCCACUCCUGUGAUCCCCCGAUCAUCCACGGCAACCUGACCUGUGACACCAUCUUUAUUCAGCACAAUGGACUGAUCAAGAUUGGGUCAGUGGCACCAGACACCAUCAACAAUCAUGUGAAGACGUGUCGUGAGGAGCAGAAGAAUCUGCACUUCUUUGCCCCAGAGUAUGGAGAAGUCACCAAUGUCACCACUGCUGUGGACAUCUACUCCUUCGGGAUGUGUGCGCUAGAGAUGGCAGUGCUGGAAAUCCAGGGGAAUGGCGAGUCAUCCUAUGUGCCCCAGGAGGCUAUUAACAGUGCUAUCCAGCUGUUGGAGGACCCCUUGCAGAGGGAGUUCAUUCAGAAGUGCCUGGAGCUGGACCCUGGGAAACGUCCCACUGCUCGGGAGCUCCUCUUCAACCAAGCUCUGUUCGAGGUGCCCUCCAUGAAGUUACUGGCCGCUCACUGUAUUGUUGGACACCAGCAUAUGAUUCCUGAAAACGCUUUAGAAGAAAUGACCAAAAACAUGGACAUGAAUGCAGUGCUAGCAGAGAUCAACCACACAGACAGGGAGGGGGUCAAAAUGAUCUUCUCCCAGUCCCCAGCACUGGAGCUGGACAAGUUCCUGGAGGAUGUGAGGAACGGCAUCUACCCACUCACAGCCUUUGGGAUGCCUCGGCCCCAGCAGCCUCAGCAGGAGGUGGUGAAGUCCCCCAUUGUCCCCCCGUCAGUGAAGACCCCAACGCCAGAACCUGCUGAGGUGGAGACCCGCAAGGUGGUGCUAAUGCAGUGUAACAUUGAGUCAGUGGAGGAGGGAGUCAAGCACCAUCUGACGUUGCUGCUGAAACUGGAAGACAAAUUGAAUCGACACUUGAGCUGUGACUUACUGCCCAAUGACAAUAUCCAGGAGCUGGCGGCCGAGCUGGUGCAGCUGGGAUUCAUCAGUGAGGCCGACCAGAGCAGACUCAGCUGUUUACUUGAAGAGGCGUUCAACAAGUUCCACCUUGCCCGGAACGGAGCCCUGACGGCGGUGACCGUGUCGUCCUAGCAGCCCCUCCAGGCUGGCUGGCGUUGCUUAGUUGCCCGUGACCCUUUUCUGAGUCUGUCCAUCUGUGUAGGGCACCAGCAAGACCCUAGCCGCUGCGCUUGGAAGCUCAUCCUGCAUGUGCCGUCGCCAGGCCCAGCGACAGUCUGCCCUGCCUACCUAUUAAAGGGGACUUUGCGCGUCA